UAUUAGGAUGCAACAUAAGUGGAAAAAUAGGAGGGGAAAAUACCCAAACUUGACGGAGCAAAUAUGAUUUAUCCCGCGAGAAUUGAGUGGAUGAGAGGAGCGAGAUUGAUAUCAUUGUUCUCCGGGCGCUGCCGUAUUGAAAAGUCACGGCUACGGACGUUGAUGAUUGUUAAGUCUCCCACAUUUUUUGCUUCAACCAUUUUCACAAAGUUACAAUUACAGCAUCCUCCUUCUCAUUUUCAAUGCCGAUUCUACUCUUCCUCACCUUCACCUUCACCUUCACCUUCACCUUCCUCUAACAAGCUCUUUGUUGGAGGGCUGUCAUGGUCAGUGGACGAGAAGUCUCUCAAAGAUGCUUUCUCUUCCUUUGGAGAUGUCACUGAAGUCAGGAUAGUCUAUGAUAAAGACACUGGUAGGUCUAGAGGCUUUGGAUUUGUCAUCUUUUCAAAUGAAGAACAUGCCAAAUCUGCAAAGGAUUCAAUGGACGGAAAGGCACUGUUAGGUAGACCAUUGAGAAUAAAUUUUGCCCUCGACAAGGUCCGUGGUGGACCUGUUGUAGUUCCUCGAUUUUCAGACAUCGGAGUUGGACACUUAAACAGGCACUAAAUUGAAUUUGCCUUAACAAAUUUAUGUUUGUCUGUCGCUGAAUAACAUUAAAAUUAUUAGCUAAUGGCUACAGGGUUUGUAUUGAUUGUCAUGUUAUCACAUUAGUAGAACAUGAAAUUUAGGUAGCUGAUGAAGGAAGCCGAGUCAAUAUUUUUACAUCAGGAUGGUCUUCAUGCAGACAUGUCAUUGUGUGGAUCACUGAGAAAUUUUCAGCACAAAUCAUACUUUGUAUGAUAGUUCUGUUUAGGGUAUCAACCUUGAUUGAGCUCUUCAGUCCAAGCACAAUCAUCAUAAAAGAAUAUAGAUGCAUGUUAUUUUUGUACUAUGCUUCAUUAGCCCAAAAAUCACAAGUUUUCCCCCAUAUUAUAAAGUUCUUUCAGACUAAUUUUUUACUCAUUGAAUAUGAAGAAAGCUCAAUGUAGAAGUAUUUUGUGCUUGGAUAAAGAUUGUCUUGGGUAGUGAGAUGUAUAAGAAAGGAAUAGAAAGAGAAGAGAAAGGAAUGAGAGAAAAAUUAAGGGAUGUGAUGCGUGAUAUGGUCGAGAAUGGAAAUAGAUGUGCUUUUGAGGUUGUAUAUGUGACAGACAAGGGUCUCCUAGUACCUCUUCAUCUUUGCUUUUGUA